AUGUCUCCCAAAACAGCUCUUCCCAUCGUCUUCGGCGCCAUGACCUUUGGCCGUGAAGGCGAGGAACAAGUACGAACCUCGAAACUUGAAGAUUGUGCUUCUAUUCUCGACACCUUCCAGUCCUAUGGCCACAAUGAGAUUGACACCUCGCGCUUCUACGGUGGCGGAUCAUCCGAAGAGUACCUCAAAGCUCUGGACUGGCAAAAGCGCAACCUAACCAUGGACACCAAAUUCUUCCCCAACGUCCGCGGCAUGAUGGGCCGCCCCGUAACCCACCUUGACCCUUCAAGCAUGUCGUCAGGCCUCUCAUCCAGCCUCUCCGCUCUCGGAUCCACCAGCGUAGACCUAUGGUACCUGCACGCGCCCGACCGCUCCGUGCCACUACAAGAAACCCUCGCCGCCGUCGCCGACCUGCACGCCCAGGGGAAAUUCACCCGCUGGGGCAUCAGCAAUUACAUGUCGUGGGAAGUAGCUGCGAUCUGCGAACUGUGCCGCGCGAAUGGAUGGCCGUUGCCGCAGGUGUAUCAGGGCGUGUAUAAUGCGCUACACCGCACGAUUGAGGCGGAACUCCUGCCUUGUCUGAGGUACUACGAUAUCUCGUUCUAUGCGUACAAUCCGCUCGCGGGCGGCUGGCUGACAGACCGGUACCAUCGCAACACGUCGGAAAAAGACGUAGAGGCGGGCUCGCGCUUCGACGUCAACAAAAUGCAGGGCCAGAUGUAUCGGCAGCGGUACUGGAACGAUGCGUUUUUCUCGGCACUGGAAGGGUUGAGGGCGAAGAAGGGGGAUUUGAGGGAGGGCGAGAUUGCGUUGAGGUGGAUGAUGCAUCACUCGCAGCUUAAGAAGGAGUUUGGCGAUAAGGUGAUUAUUGGCGCGAGUAGUAACGCGCAAUUGGUGCAGAAUUUGGGGGACUUUGAAAAGGGGAAAUUGGAGGGGGAUGUCUUGGAGGCGUUGGAAGAGGGCUGGGCGUUGUGUAGGGGCAUUACGGGGAAGUACUUUCAUUGA